UGACGGUUAACUGAAAUUAUCAAAUUGUUUUAAAAUAAACAUUUAAGUGAUUUCGAUUUGUGUAUUUAGUAUUGUUAUAGAGUAUUUAAAUUGAUUUCGGUUGCUUAUGUCUUAUCAAUGUUUUGUUGUAGUAAGGAUUAGAAUUGUGCUGCAGGAUGUAUUUUCAGAUCGAGAAUACUCCAGAACACAUCCGAAAAUCACGCAAAGAAAAACCGAAACCAGAGAUUUCUCCAGACGAACCAUGCCCCAGAUUAGUAUUGACGCCGUUCACUAGGCCUCCACAAGUGUUUUUUGAAAAUGUUAUUAUUGGAUCUACGUGCGAGAAAUCACUGGAGAUAUUCAAUCCUUCUAAACAAAUUGAGCAGAUAACCCUAGACAAAGUACCUCCGGGACUCAGAGUACAUUUGCCGGAAGAAUGGCUGCACCUGGAACCUGAAACAUGUUAUUGUCUUACUCUGUCAUGGACACCAGUUCAACCAACUGCCCUUAGAGAAACUCUGAGAUUCACUAAUGCAAACAAAAGAAGAUAUGAGGUUUUCAUUAUCCUCAAGUCAGUAAUGACUAAUGGAAAAAAUCAACCAAAAAGUUCCAAGUCAUCACAAGGUAAGAUACAAAAGAAGACUCAAAAAAGAUCGCCAGUUAAUAUUUCUAAGAAAAAGGUAGAUGUGAUGUUUAAUACAACAAAAAAGCAAAAAACUGUAGAACAUGUACAACUAAAAGAAAAUACACCCAUAGAAACAGGUGUUUAUGUUGAACAUAAAAAUAUAUCACCAAAAUGCCCCUUUGACUCACCAAACAGUUUUAAUUGCAAUUUUAACACUUCUGAAGUAUUUUCUGUAUUACAUAAAACAUAUGAUAAGCCUAAUACUGGAACGUACAACAAGUAUAAUUUUAACACACCCACAAGCCCAAAUAUAUACAAUGUUCUGAAAGAAUCAAAUAAACAAAAUAGUGAUAAAUCGCCAUCUGACAUAUUCGACAAUAUAACAUUUACACCACUCAAGAGCUUAAAAUCUACAAAUAGAAAAAUUGAGCAGGGCCCCCGAAUUCUUCUAAGUAUUAAUUCUGAUACUGAGUUUGAUGAUAGCUUAGAAAAAGAUAGCAAUAAAGAGAAUGAGUCACAUUCUAUAAUAUAUGGAUUAUCAUCUCAAACCACUGACAUAAAAUGGCCAACUGCAGACAAUCAUCCAAAAUUGGAAAGUUAUCAAGAAACAAACGCGCUAAUUGUUCCAAACAAAAAAUUUCCAGAUACUUCUUCACCUAAAGAAAUGAAUAGUCCUAACUUUUCUAUAAAUACGGAUGUUUCACGUAUUAGUGACUUAUCAUUUUAUCCACAAAGAUUUUCUACUGAAAGGAAAAUCAUACCAAGGAUCAAUAUUGACUCUAUUGAUUUUGAUGAAAUCAAUUUGAGAUUAUGCUCUGAUACGUACACGAAAGAGUCACCAGCCCCUCAAGAAUAUAAUAAUCUGAAUGAAAACAAACAUCCGCUCACAAAGGAUCGUAAUGCAAAAAUGUGUAAGCAGGCUUUGUUUAGGGAUCAAGAUUUCACUAACAAGAAUUUCAUGGAACGAAAUUAUUAUGCGCGUCCAGAGAGUGUUUGGCAAAAUGAAUUAAUGGAUGCACGGUCUCCUAGAUCUAUAACACCACCACUGCAAUCCAUUCCAGAGGAAAGCGUCCAAUAUUCUAAUACACAAGUAUUCGACGUAACUGAUUCCUUUGCUAUUAAUCAAACAUAUAAUAAACACGAGAAGCCCGUAAGCAAGCCGAAUUUAUGGUCUAAGAAGGCGAUAAUCAAUCCGAAAUCAUUUAUUACCUGCAACGAAUCCAUGAAAAGUAUUAAUCGAACAUAUGAUACAAACAAAAACGUAACACAGAAUGCCACAACGUUUUACGUUCAGAAUGCUUAUUCACUGUCUCUUACUGUAGACCCAUUCCUGUCGACUACCUAUUUUUAUGAUGAAGCAUUAAUAGGGAAGUUUGAAAGAGAUUUUAAGCGAUGGUUAAAUUACAUAUUAACGCCAGCUGACUUAGAGAGCAAUGUCGAUCAAAAAAUAGACGUUGGAAAAGCAUGGAUUGAAAACAGAAAUAAAGAAGUGCCUACUGCGCCUACGAAAGAGAAGGUUUGCAGCGCUUAUCACAACAGUAAAAGAUUGGAAAAUGUUCGCAAAAUAGCACGAAAUCUCUUGAAGAGCCCAGAAAUAUCUCAAGUUUUUACGAAGCUAACUGCUCAAAUCGAUAAAAAGCUGUUAGCUAUAAGAGAUGACAGGAAUCUGCAUCUUGAUAUUGGACUUCAGAAAAUGAUUAUGGAAUUAUUACUCUCAUACAAUCCCUUAUGGUUACGUAUUGGACUGGAAGCCAUUUACGGAAUAGUGUUACCAUUAAAAUCAAAUAGUGACGUAGAAGGGCUUACUAUUUUCAUAAUACAAAGGAUGUUUAAAAAUCCUUUUUUUAAAAACAAACAUUCCAAAUCAAGCGCGCCAAAUGUGUUGCUUCCAGCAUACAUGGAUGCCAUAAAAAAGUUCACCUUAAAGAAAUUUUUCAUGCUCAUAUUCUUUUUAGACCAAGCCAAACAAAAAAAGAUAAUAGCACAUGAUCCAUGUUUGUUUUGUAGGAAUGCUGAGUGCAAAGAAAGUAGACAAAUGCUAAUUAAAUUUACGAGAGAACUAAUAGCCGGAGUUGGCGAUAUAACAAAACAUCUGAGACCUAUGGGCUAUGUAGUUACUCAUAAACAAUCUUACUUAGAUGAAUACAAAUAUGGAGUAAAUAAUUUAGCUGCUGAUCUUCGAGAUGGAGUUCGACUGGCUAAAGUGUCAGAAAUUAUAUUGAUGAAAGAUGGUUUGUUGAAACAACUACGGACUCCGGCUGUGUCGCGACUACAAAAAAUUCAUAAUGUAGAAGUUGCAUUAAAGGCUUUGAGAGCAGCAAAUUUUAAUAUAGUUGGCGAUAUCUCUGCAUCAGAUAUUGCUGAUGGUCACCGAGAGAAGACGUUGUCACUCCUGUGGCAGUUAAUACACGUUUUUCGCGCUCCUUUGUUUGAGAAUGCAGCUAAUGUUAUACAAAUAUGGUGGAAGAAAAAGUAUGAAAUUAUUGCUGAAAAGAGAAGGAAAGAACAAGAAAUUAUCAGAACAAGGAACAAAGCAGCUACGACAAUUCAGAAUUGUUGGCGAAAACUGCAAUAUAAACGGAUGUAUGCACGAAGACUAUAUGAGGUUACGUGUGCAACGAUUACACUGCAGAAGUAUUUACGAAUGUGGAUAUGUCGGAGCAGAUUGCGAAAACUUAAGCAAAGUGUUUUGAAAAUUGAAGGCUGGUAUGAUGGAGUGAAAAGGAUUCGUGAGGCGAUACAGAUACUAAAAUUGAGGCGAGAAACGCGCAGGGAAAAUGCUGCAGUUGUAAUACAAGCUCAAGUCAGACGUUGGCUUUGUGUUAAGAAGUAUAAAAUGACGAAAAAUAAAAUUAUAUAUAUUCAAGCUUUAGUUCGGGGAACCCUAGUACGAAAGACAUUCACUAGAUUAAGGAAGUACACUGUGUUUGUGCAGAGAAAAUACAGAAAUAAACUUUUGAUGAAUAAAGCAAUGGCCCAGUUUCAAAAUAUUAAAAGAAAUAUUGUGCUCAUACAAAGCUACUAUAGAAUGUUUAGGCAGCGUAAAAUGUAUCUAUCAAUGAAAAGUUCCGUUAAUACUAUUGAAGAGCAUUAUAUUGCACUUCGAAAAAUGAGGAGUGAUCGUGAGAAUUACUUGAGACUGAAAGAAGCAGUGGUAAAAGUUCAAUCUAUGUAUAAAUGUAAGAAAUUCCAAAAGGAAUAUCAGAGAUCAAGGGAGUUAAUAAUCAAGGUGCAGAGAAGAAUAAGGGCCAAUCAAAUCAUGAAGACGACUAGAAAACAUUAUGAAGAUACUAUAAAAGCAGUUAAAACUAUUCAAAUAUACUUUAAAUCUUAUUUAGUAAUGAAAGAAGUAAGAUCACAUUACUUGAAGCAACGAAAUGCAGCAGUCACUAUACAAAAUUACUUCCGAUCAUAUAUAAAGACGAAACAGCAACGAAAUAAGUUCUUGACAUUGAAAAAUGCUGCAUUAGUAUUUCAAAAUCGAUACAGAAGUCUUUUAAAAAUGCGUCAAGCUAAAACUGAUUAUCUUCAAUAUAAGAGUAGCGUAAUUAAAAUACAGAGAUUGUAUAGAGCUAAUAUUAUGAUGAAACAAUGCAAAACGAAGUAUGAAGAACUGAAGAAAGCAGUUAUAUUUGUCCAGAAUAAGUAUAGAGCACAGAAAAAGAUGCUAGCAGCGAAGUCAGACUUUGAACUUUUAAAACAAUCAUGUAUUUUAAUACAAAUUAGGUAUCGUGCUUACAGAACGGGUAAAGCAAUAAGGCAAAUUUAUUUAAAUCAGAAAUCAGCCGCAGUUAAAAUACAACGUUGGUACAGAUAUUGUAAAAAGGGUGAGCAAAUUAGGCAAAACUUUGAACAGACUAGAAAGGCUUGCAUUACUAUUCAGCGACUAUACCGUUCACAUUUACUUAGGAAAAUUCAAAGAAAUAAGUUUGUCGAACUUAAAACAGCAUCAAUAACUAUACAGCGCUAUUAUCGGAACUAUAUUUUAAGCAAAACGAUUAGAAUGGAAUACAUUAAAAUGAAAAUGGCGGCAAUAACGAUUCAGAAAUACUAUAGAAGUUAUAUUGAGAUGAAGCACCAGAGAGCCACUUACUUGAAAAUGAGAAACGCAGCUUCUUCCAUACAAGUAUACUAUCGUCAAUACAAGAAGAUGAUGACUAUAAGAAAGAACUAUAAUGAAUUAAGAAGAACUGUCGUCUUUGUUCAAAGAAUGUUUAGAAGCAAUUUAGCAAUGAUGAAUGCAAGGAAAGAAUAUUUGUCACUUAGGAAUUCUGUGAUUCUCAUUCAGCGGAAAUAUAGGGCUCUCUGCCUCAUGAGAAAUCAAAGGCAAGACUAUUUCAGACAAAGAAAAUCAAUUGUCGCAUUGCAACGAAGAUAUAGAGCGUUGCGUGCCAUGAGAUACGAUAGAUUAAAUUAUAUGAAAUUAAAAAUGGCCGCUGUAUCUAUUCAAAGAUUUUAUAGAGCCUAUAAAACUGGCACGAAACAAAAAGAAAAUUAUCUAAAACUCAAAAAAUCAGCCAUCGUAAUACAAGAACGAUAUCGUGCCAAGGUUUUGAUGAGACGUGAGAGAAAUUCCUUCGUUAGUAAACGUUCUGCAGCAAUAGUAAUCCAAACACGAUAUAGGGCCCAUAAACUUAUGAUUCAGCAAAAAACUGUAAUUGAAAGAAUUGUUAAGGCUUGUUUAACUAUUCAAAGGAAGUAUAGGGCUUUGAUCAAGGGAAGAAUGGAGAGAAACCGUUUCAUAGCGAUAAGGGCAGCGACUUUGAAAAUUCAAGCAUGGUAUAGAUCUGUUAAAGCCACGAGGAAGUCCCGCUGUGAGUAUCUGAGUCUUCGCAGAGCGGCUAUCGCUGUUCAAAGACGUGUACGGGCAAAGAGAAUGAUCCGAGAGCAAAACCGCAUUCGCCAACAAGCUGUUUAUACAAUUAUUAAUUGGUACAUCACUGUAAAGCAGAGACGACGGUAUUGUGAGAUCCGAAGAAAAAUUAUCACCCUACAGAGCUUUAGUCGAAUGGCAGUUGUGCGUAAAUUUUAUUUAAAAGUUCAAAACGCGGUCGUUAAAAUACAAAAAUACUAUAGAUCUUAUGUAAAAACAAAACGAGAGAGAUCAAAUUUUGUUGCAUUGAAAUCGGCUGUUGUUAAUUUGCAAGCGAAUGUUCGUUGCUUUAUCGAGAAGAGAAAGUAUCAGAGAUUGAAAGCUGCUGCCAUUGUAAUACAAGCUGCUUAUCGAUUGAAGAAAAAACGAGAUCUUAUAAUGCAGAGGACGAGGCACCGAGCUGCUGUGUGUUUACAAAAAAAUGUACGGAGAUACUUAGCUGAAAAAUAUUACAAGCAGUUACGUGCAAAAGUGAUAUUCAUACAAAUGCUUUGGAAGGGUAAGCUAUUAACGAGACUGUUCCACUAUGACUACUUGCAGAAGAAAUCAUUUGUAACGAAACUUCAAGGGAGAUUGAGGGGCUACUUGGUUAGGGAGAAAAUAAAAGUUCACAGGGAGAAUUUACUAAAAAUGAGAGAGGAGCAAAGAAGGAACUGGGCUGCGACGAAAAUUCAAGCUUUAGUCCGUGGUAACAUAGUUCGUGGUACAAAUAAUCGCAAAUUAUCAGAGAUAAGGAGCCGUUUGAGUGGCUGCCAAAUUGAUUCCACCCGGAAAUGUUUGAGAGAGCGGAAUCAAGAUGCUUUGGAUGUGUUGAGGCACGAGUCCGGCAUAGAUGCAGUAAUACGAGCAUUUAAAACACUGAAGCUCAUAUCAGAAUUGUUCCCAAUGACAUACAACAUGAAUGCUACAGCUCUAGCGCACCAUGUGUAUCUAUUCAUGAAUAGAACCAAUCGUUCCAUCACCAGCAUUGAGGUUCUCAAGCCAGGGGCAGAGGUCCUACUCAACUUGGCUAGGUACAAGACAACAGGGCCUAAGAUAUACAGGAGGGAUCGCAUACCGCCCAUUUUAAAAAUCAUGUGGAGAUUCUGCUACAGUGAAACAAAACUAUUUUGUAUUCUAGCGACGUACCUCUGGAUAUUUUCUAAAUACGACGAUAUAAAAACGGAUCUGAUAGAAUACCUUCAUGAACCCGAAAAUCACAAGAUAUUGGUAUCAUUAAAAGCGAAUGCGGACAGACUGAAGAGAAUGGAGAGUAACACAGGCAAGCAUAAGCCCAACUCAUCAUACACAAAGAGCACACAACACUCGCAUAAUGUGCUGCCAGCCUUGGAACCACACUUUGGAAUAGUCCAAGUCAACAAACCUCCAUACUUUGAAGAUGCUCAUCACGCAAUAAACUGCCUCUUCCAGACUUAUAAAUUGUAAUUACAACUGCCCUUGCAAACAUAAUCAUGUCACAACUGCUCUGGAGCUCACAAUCUUCAAUUGUUCUAGAAGAUAUUGUAAGUGUAGUGAUUUGACAUAAAACGGGUUCCUUGAUUGCGCUUGCUGCCAGAGCUCAAAAAUUUAUUAUUUUUUGACUAGAUAGAUUUAAAUUGAAGUGUUAAAAUAUUAUUUGUAUAAUGUCCUUGGUUUAUAGUGUAAUAAUAAUUAAAUUGUGGAGAGGGUAUUUCAUUUAACACUUACACUUCAAAUAAUAAGAUGUAUGGUUGUUUUUACAAAAAGUUUUCUCAAGUCUAAAUGUAACUCUUUAGUCUAUACUUCUUUUGAAAAUGAGUGGACAUAGAAGCUUAAAAAACAUAUAGUUCUUUAUACAUGGUUUAUAUUAUUUAUAAUUUAUCUUUUAAAUCUAAUGUAAGCGUUUUUUCUUAAAACUAGCUGUUCUGUUCAAUAGCAUGUUAGUCCAUUAUCAUUGUUUUCGAUAUGCUCCAAGUCUAUAACUCAAAUGUUUUCUAAAGUUUCGAUAUUUUUUCCUCAAAUCUGUUAAUGUCUGUAAUAUAUGUUAAGGAUUGUUUUCUGCACUUUUCUCAUAUUGGAGGACGAAGAUACCUUGCACACAUAAUCGACCACAGUCCAGCAAUAUAAUGUUAAUGAAAUUGCUUGAGUUUUAUAUGAUAAUAUAAUGACGAGACAAGCCAUUCAGGCUUUUUGAUUCAACCCAAAGUCCGGAGUCGUAUCGCAAUGCGGUCGUCACUUUGAGACAUAAGAUGUUGUCUCAUCAGCCCAGUAAUUUACCAGCUAUGGAACUCUUCACACCUAAAAACAAUAAUGCUUACACAUUCCAUACCACAUGGUACCCACCUAUCCGGCAUCUUGUGCAAAGAAGCCUCAUACUGACAAUGGCUUGACUGGUGGUACUAUAAUGGUUGACUACAAACUAUAGAUCCAUUUAAUUGUUCUUGAUUGCUUAACUUAUAAGAAUCAUCUGAGAUGGCAGUUUAGGUUCUGGUGUUAAAAGUAUCACUGGAUAUUCAACUGGGUGACAAUCUUCAGUGUUACAGGUUCCAGGGUUUCAGUCAAGUAAUGACAAUGUAUCUAUUUAAGUAGUAAAUAUAAUAAAAUCUCUGCAGUUUAAGAUCGUAUCCGUGUCACAAGUUGAUAUUUUACAGACAUUUGACUAAUAUUAUUUUUUUAAAUUCCAAUAAUAAAUUGUAAAUUAUUUAAUCUCAUGUUGGUACGUAGUUUUUAUUUUACUAUUAUUAUUAUGUAAUAUUAAAUACCUAAUAUUAAAUACUUAAUAAUAUAA